CUGCAGAGACUACACUUCCAGACCUUCAGCCCUGGUUUGGUUAAUUUGUCCCAGGAGACUACGGAAGACUGGAAUAAUCUCUGCUACGGCAAAGGGGGGAAAAUGCAUCCGAUCCUUUUCCCGUUUUAACAGCCGCUCUGGAUGAACACGAUCCUUUGUAUGUGUGCACGCCUCACAGUCAGAGCUGGGCGCGUCCACGCGGUGAAAACUGAGUGGAUUUUGUAGUGAACAACCCCCUGCUUAUUUGCCGUGGAUCAUUCCUCGGUGCCUCCACAUCCAGGCGAGGUGACAGCGGCGCACAGACCGCACCAGACGCACCAACUCAGUGGCUUGUGGAUACGCAGCGGAGCGCACGGCUGAGGACUCUGUGCGCAGUUUAACUUCGACACAAAUGGAUAUUUACGUGGCUUUCUUAUACCUUUUCUUCAUCUUUACCAAACCAGCCUUGGGUUCAGAUGAAGACUAUCACGUCGAUAUCAUCCACGAACUUGACCUGGCAAAUGCCACUUAUGGAAUUACCCAAGUGGCAGGGCUCCACAACGGCAGCAAAGCCUUCAUUUUCCGAGAUGUUGGAAGAGCAGUUCACGCCCCGGCACACAUCACAGAGAAAGUGGUGCAGCUGUUCAGGAGUAAAAGUGAAUUUACCUUCUUGGCUUCCAUCCAGCAGAAGUCGUCCACAUCAGGAGUCGUAUUCUCCAUCCAUGAGUCGGAACACAGUUAUUUUGAGCUGGAGAGCAGCGGAGUGAGAGAAGAGAUUCGCUACCACUACCGCUUCAAAGGCAAACCACGAUCUGAGUCUUUCCCGUACCGACUGGCAGAUGGACAGUGGCACAAGAUCGCUCUGACCAUCAGUGCGUCCCACCUUCUGCUUCAUGUCGAUUGUAACAGGAUUUAUGAGCGGGUGAUAGACCCUCCUCAGAUGGAGCUCACCCCUGGCAUUGGAGUGUGGCUCGGGCAGCACAGUCACAAGCACGGCUUGUUCAAGGGCAUCAUCCAGGAUGUGAAGCUCAUCUUCGCCCCCAAUGGUUACAUCACACAGUGUCCUAACCUCAACCGCACUUGCCCGACCUGCAGUGACUUCCUGGGCCUGGUGCAAGGCAUCAUGGACCUUCAGGAGCUCCUGGCCAAGAUGACACUGAAGCUGAACUAUGCAGAGUCCAGACUGACCCAGCUGGAGGGCUGUCACUGUGAGAGGACCUGCAGUGCCAACAACAUGGUGUACAGGAAUCAAGAGCUUUGGGAAGAGCCUGAGAACUGCAGGAACUGUGCGUGUAAGAAUGGUGUGGUCGAGUUGCGCAGAAUCUUCUGUCCUCCCACAAACUGCUCCGAAGACUCGCUUCCCGUGCACGUUGAGGGAACUUGCUGCAAGAUCUGCCGACCUAAAUGCUCCUACAUGGGCCAGACCCUGGCUGAAGGACAGCGGUUCUUAUCCAGAGGCUGCAGGAAAUGCAAGAACGGCCUGAUGGAGAAAAUUACAGAAACCUGCCCGGAGAUCAACUGCACAGUCAGUGAGCAGAUCUUACCUGAGGGCAGAUGCUGCAACGUCUGUAGAGGUUAUGACUUCUGUGCUGAGGGACUCAUUUGUGGGGAAAACUCUGAGUGUAAAAACAGGAAUACUAAAGCAGAGUGUGAAUGCAAGAGCGGCUACGCCUCCAUCCAUGGGGACUCGACUUACUGUGAAGAUAUUGAUGAGUGUGCAACCCAAAUGCAUUACUGCCAGUCCAACACAGUGUGUGUCAACUUGCCAGGCAGCCAUCUCUGCGACUGCCUGCCAGGAUUCGUCAGAGUGGACGAGUACUCCUGCACUGAGCAUGAUGAGUGUGCCAGCAGUCAGAGCUUGUGUGAUGAGAACGCCAUCUGCACCAACACCAUUCGUGGACACCUGUGUACCUGCAAGCCGGGCUACGUGGGCAAUGGGACCAUCUGCAGAGCCUUUUGUGAAGAGGGAUGUCGGAGUGGAGGGACCUGUGUGUCUCCCAACACGUGCGUCUGUCCUUCGGGAUUCACAGGACGCCGCUGUGAGACAGAUAUCGAUGAGUGUGCAGAGGGCCUGAUCGAGUGUCACAACCACUCCCGCUGUGUCAACCUCCCAGGCUGGUACCACUGCGAGUGCAGGAAUGGUUUCCAUGACAAUGGCUCCUACAUGCUUGAUGGAAGUUCCUGCAUCGAUAUUGAUGAGUGUGCUUUGGAGACGCACACUUGCUGGAAUGACAGUGUGUGUGUGAAUCUCCCAGGAGGAUAUGACUGUAUGUGUGUGUCUGGCCCUGGCUGUAGUGGCGACUGCCCGCAGGAAGAAACAAUUAGACGCAAUGGAGAAGAGUGGACACCAACCUUUGACCGGUGCACUAUCUGCUCCUGCAAGGAUGGACAGACCUACUGCAGACGAAGAGCCUGUGACUGUGGCGACCCAGACGAGGAUAUCUUCUGCUGUCCCAGCUGUGACAACAGACCCAGCAGUCAGUGCCUGGACCAGAGCGGACGCACACUCUACCGCAGUGGAGGGACCUGGUUGUACGGCUGCCAGCAAUGUCGCUGCAUGGAGGGUGAGGUGGACUGCUGGCCUCUGGUUUGCCCUGUGUUGAAAUGCGAGUACACGGCAGUGGCAGAGGGGGAGUGUUGCCCACGCUGUGUCACAGACCCCUGUUUGGCAGACAACCUCUCAUAUGACAUUCGACAGACAUGCCAGGACCCUGCUGGCAUCGCCCGCCUCAGUGGUGACGCAUGGCAUAUGCCCAACUCACCCUGCAGCACCUGCAAAUGUAGGAAUGGGAACGUCUGCUGCUCGGUGGAUCUCGACUGCAUCCAGAACAACUAAAGCUCUCCUCCCUUUGUCAUCUUUCUCCAUCUUUCACCACGGGAACCAACCCCCACAUGCCUCCUCGCCUCCAUCUGACAAGCCUCCCUUCGGUUUCAUGUCAGAGACUCACGCACACCGGUGCGUUUCAGUGUGAGCCCAGAAAGUACAGACACAAACUGGGUAAACAUGGAUACUGAAGCUAUGCUUCUGUGCUUUAACUAUGACAGCGAACUGUAUGUGUGUGUGUGUGUCUGUGUGUCAUAAAGGGAUGAACAACGACUGCCGCUCAGACUAGAGUCAUCGUGCAUGUGUAAUCGUCUUCUCCAUGGCUUUUAUGUCUUGGUAAAUCAGUUCAGCAUUGUGUUGGACUGAACUGAGAGAAGCUGGGUCUGACGUGACAUUAUCAGCAGCGAGAAUGAACAAGUGAUAGACAGGUGGGACAUGUUGCAUCUAAUGGACGCCGUCAAUGAAAUAAUUUAGUUGCAUUGAAACAAAACUGAAUGAAAAUGUAGUUUUUUUGUUUAAUCUAAAAGUAAAGAAAAUGGCCCAUGUUAGAUAUAUGUACACAAGUUUCACUUUUAAACAUUGGCUCACAUUAGGGACAAUCUAGGUAAUGUACAUUAUGUAGUUUGGAUCCGACUAGAGGUAGAUUGUUGAUGGUAUGUCAUGUGGUAUUGUGGCUUGGGUCAGAUGGUAUUCAAUUCAAAUUACUUGGAAAAUAUAUGUCGUGAAUCAAACUGAAGUCACAAAAAAAGAGAGAAAAUUUGCCUUUAUUUUGGAUGUUUUUACUUUACAUAAGUCUACUGAGAAAGAGGUGAAAAAUGAAAAUCUUAGUUGUGAAAAACAAUUGGAUCAGAUUUUAAUGCAUACUGUACACAUUAGAGACACAUGUUGUUACCUACACACAUUGAGGUGAAAAUACACUACAUUAGCAUGAAAUACCAUCUCAACUCACAUCUUAAGUCAGAUUAGUCUAACUGAGCACAAUAAAUGUCGGCAGCUAAAAACUUGGCUGACACAUGUGACGAAUGGAUUGAGAGGAAACUGCAGACAGGAAUAUUGUCGAGGACAAGGACUUCACGGAAGUUUUUUAAAGUAACUCUCAACGCAUGCACAGUAAUGACUAACAUCCAUCAACUCUGUGAGGCUAAAUUCUGAGUUAAAGUUUCGCAUGUUUCUCCACUUUUUUUUACUUAUUUGGUGUAAAACAUAGAAAUCUUCUUGAAGUCAGUAAGUCUUUCUGCUCCAGCAGUAUGCAGAAAUAUGUUGAUUCUUGAUUAAUCACUGAUUAACUGUGAUCCAUCGUGAUCAAAAAUUGACUCUAGGUCCUAAGUGAUCAACAAUUAUGAGCCUGAUGAAUGGCAAUGAAAAAAACAAAACAAAAGAAAACACAACGCACAGUUAGCAUAACUGUGGAUUGACAUUUUUGGAUAGAAGUACAUGACUUGGUUUUCUAAACAUUUUUCACAGUUUUCUUCUCAGUGAAAGCCGAACAGACACGGUAGCAUGCGUACUGCGGUUUGCCAAUGCUGUUGACUUGGCUGGUGGUCUCCAUUAUAGCGCUGGUGUUUUGGCGUUUUUCUGCAGUACGGCAGCUUUGGCACUGGCUCCCCAGGUUCUUCAGCACUCAAACAAAUGGCACACGCUAUGUGGAAGAGACAAAAAACAAGAGAAUGAGUGAAAGUGGGUAAUUAAGACCUUGCCAGACAGGCCUGGAUGUGAGGAUGCCAGAAGGUCAGCUGUGAGUGCUGAAUCUGUUUACAGACCUCCAGGCUUAUUAAGUCUGCAGCUUUUCCUGCUGCAUUUCAAAUGUUGGGCGUGCUGAUGCUGCUGUGACAUCCUGCCCUGCUCUGUCCUCCGCUCCACUCCUCCUCCUUUCAUUAUUUAGCCUGUCUCGAGAGCUCAGGUUUGUCUCCAGCCUCAUAUGGAUAAAGUGGCAAUGCUAAUGCUAAUUUUAGAGUCAGCUGAAACUUUUCUCUGGCAUCAGCUGCACUGUA